AUGACCACAGCAUCGCCGGCUGAUGCCGACGUUGGCACAAAACGCCUCAUCACAAAACCGCCGCAGCUCCGCAUCAUCCCGCCGCUCAACUUCUGCCCCGUAGAGCGGUUUCUCUACCGCUCCGGCCAGCCCGCAGGCUUGAACCACUCGUUCCUUGCGGAACUCAACUUAAAGACUAUCUUGUGGCUCGCGACGGAGGAUCCGCUGGACCAGUUCCUCACGUUUGCAGAAAACAAUGACAUCAACGUGUACUUUGUGUCGCUCGAUGACGACGAGUAUGAUUACUCAAAUAACCCCUGGGACGGGCUCUCCGAAACAGCAAUCAGAAAGGCGCUCCAAGUUAUCGCUAACAAGGAGUCGUACCCAUUGCUUGUGUGCUGCGGCAUGGGCAGACACCGUACAGGCACCGUGAUUGGUUGCUUGAGACGGCUCCAGGGCUGGAACUUGGCUAGCGUGUCAGAGGAGUACCGCCGUUUUGUCGGGGAUAAGGGUGGGCGCAUCAUGGUGGAGUUGUUGAUCGAGGCGUUUGACGUUUCCAGCAUCAAGGUCGAUCCAGCCCAGGCCCCAGAGUUUUUGCUAAGGUAG